UGUAGGGCAUCCCGGUCGAGAGCUGUAAGCUAACAGGUAAGCUCACAAUCGUCAUAAGGGAAAUUGCCCCUCAUACUCGGUAUCGAUAGCAGCAUUUGUGAUCCUUCAACUUUCGCGAUCCACGGAUCCACUCUGCUACUGUAUUCUUCGCCGUCAGACUCAUACAUCUCUUUUGUUCCAGUGUUAUCUCACAGCCACAUACGAUUUCCGAAAUGAAAUAGACAUAUCUCAUUUGAAAAAUCCGACAGAAUCAUUUGUCACUCCUAGAAACUUUCGUCAAACUUCUCCUAUAAACUCUUCUACUCACAACCGACAUUCCUACGUGCCGCCAAGCUUAGUGCUGCAAUCUACCGAUCUCGCCUAAUUUUAGAACUCGUCUUUUUAGCGAGAACAAUUCUUUUAACGACAGCAAGUUCACUUACCAGCUUUUUGUUAAUCGUACACUUAGUCACGAGAACAAAGAAUGCGAUAACGACAAGCAAACAGACUACCGUAUCAAUAAGUCAAUAAGCUGUUAUAAAGUUACCCGGGCAACACACGGAGAUGUUCACAAGUACUCGGCGCAGCCAGACACGUUUUAGUGGGAACCGAUAACCACUAAGACAACAUGGAAGUAGAAGAUAUUCGUCAAGAAGAGUUGUCGACCGUAGCAGCUAUAUAUCCCGAGCUACAGGUCGACGAAAAUGAUCCAAAUACAAUCUCCCUUGAGCUCCUCGUGAGCUUAGUUAGUCCCCUAACAGUGCUUUUUCCAGCCGCCACUGAAGUUGCGCCUCCGGUUGAGCAAGCACAAAACCAGAUCCCAACUGUAGCAGCCUUAGAUUCCCAUGAUUUGUCAUAUCUGCCCUCUUUGCAGAUUCGCAUAGAGCUGCCGGACGGAUACCCCCAAGAAAAGCCGCCUAAAGCUAAUAUCUCCACCACCCCUCCGUGGUUAUCAGAGAAGAUAUUGUCUAAGCUCGAGAGCGAUGUUUCAUCUCUCUGGGAGGAACUUGGUCGUGAUCAAGUCAUCUUUACAUACAUCGACAGUCUACAACAGUUAACCGAGGAUGUGUUUGGCUUGGUUGACAGUAAAGGACGCUUAGAAGUUGCACCGGAAUACAAGAUCGCAAUAUUGGACUACGAUAUCAAGGCUAGGCGAAGAGCUUUCGAGAAAGAGACGUUCGAUUGUGGCGUUUGUCUGGAGCCGAAGAAAGGCGUCGUAUGUCACAGGUUGCUGGAGUGUGGGCAUGUCUUUUGUGUCAAUUGUCUACAAGAGUUUUAUAACAACGCUAUCACAGAAGGGGAUAUAUCUUCCGUCCAAUGUCUCGAGCCAAAAUGUGCCAAACAACGCGAGGACUCUAUCAAGGGAUCCAUCAAGAAGAAGAGAGCCAAAACUUUCAUUAGCCCUAGCGAACUCUUGCAGAUUCCCCUCGAGCACGAUGUGGUUAUGCGCUAUGUCAUGCUGAGGCACAAGACCGAGCUUGAGUCGGAUAAGAAUACUGUGUAUUGUCCUCGCCCAUGGUGUCAGGGCGCCGCUCGAUCGAAGAAGCACAAGAAGCCCGAGGGUCUUGAAUUCGUUGAUUCAUCCGAUGAUGAGGAUGACGAAGAUGAAGUCGAGGAGAACGAAGCAGAUAAGGUGGGGAAGAAGUUCGAUCGAACGCGGGAAUUGCUUGCUAUCUGCGAAGACUGUGAUUUUGCUUUCUGCACACGAUGUGAACAGACAUGGCACGGCGAGUUCAAGCAUUGCUAUACGAAGGACAGACAGAUCGAGGUGACGGCAGAAGAGAAGGCAUCCCUUGAGUACAUGAAGCUUCACACAUCAGAGUGCCCGACCUGUGGUGCUCCGUGUCAGAAGACUCACGGUUGUAAUCAUAUGCAGUGUUUCAAAUGCCGCUCGCACUUCUGCUAUCUCUGUUCUUCAUGGUUGGACCCCUCGAAUCCGUAUCAGCACUUUAACGUGCAGCCUUCAGGGAAAGUCAAUGAUUGUUACCUGAGGUUAUGGGAGCUAGAAAGGGGUGACGGUAACGACGUUGGACAAGCCUUCGAAGGUGACGGUGGAGGACACCCAGAGAUCCCAGCAGCCCAGCCCGAACGACUUUUAGUUGUCCUCCCUCGUGCAGCACCCGAAAGACCUGCGAAUGAUCUAGGCGAUGGACCUGGUGAGGCUGAUGUAGAGGAAGCACCGCGUCAACAGCCGCGGCCAAGACCCGGUCAACCACAACCGCCAAGGGAUCAGCCAAAUGGGAGGGUCGCCGUCGCCCGCGAGGGGCCGCUGGUGCUCCGUAUCGAAGGGGAUGCGCCGCCGGUUCAGGCAGAGGUCGUACGACGCCCUCAUCCCGGCAUUCCAAAUCCCCGCGAAGGAAAUCAGGGCCUCAACAAUAAUGCAGGUCAACGAGGGGGCCGAGGCGAUAGGAGAGGCAGAGUCCGACAAAACAACCGGAAUCGACCUCAGGGGCAGAACCGUCAAGCGAACGAUAACGGUCGCGAUGGCCAGAUUAGGAUGGGGGAUGGCGAUGUGCUCCGAGGAGACGGCCAGUUGGAUGCGAGGCAAGAGGCAUGGGUUCGCCAAUUCGUGCAGCUCGCACUGAACGAUCAGGAAGAUCAAAUCGAGGAUAGUGAUGACGAGUAGACAGGGGGAAGAUCUUGAUAGGCGCAAGUCGGCCUGGGCAGUAGGCAUGCGAGGCACAAAGAUUCCCAAGACGGUAACAACGACGCAGCAAGAUACUUCAAGAGACCAUGCUCAUAGCGAGUUUGGCUAACACAAUAACUCAAGUUUAUUGAACUCCCGAAAGGAGCUGACCAGAAGCCGCCGUUGGCUGGUAGCGAAUGGGGCGUGAUGUUGCAUGCUCUAGCGGCUUCCGGCAGCUGUCACGGGGCAGAGAGGUCUGGCGUACAUGACGAAUCGCCUUUCGUUCGUGCUAAAGUCACAGCGGAUUGCUGAGAUAGGCAGAUCUCGCCGGCUCGCCAAUGUUACGCCGAAGUGACAUUCUUCUGGUGGUUUUUUUU